AUGAAACUGUCGUGUAUUCGAUUCAUGGAUUUCAAGACACGAUACCGUCUUCGUGCCACGUCUCACACAGAACGUCGUCUAGCUGAAGCUCAAAAGUUCAGCUGGGAAUCUGUUAAAAUGAGGAGCUGGUGCAGAAGAAAAGUGAUUCGUCUGAAUUUUGGAUUCAGACCUAAAACCUCCAUUUAUUAUCAAGAGAAUCAGAUCGAGUCAAUGAUUGUUCCACUUCUUUCAUUCAUUUUCAACACUGUUAAACUCGGGAAAUUCGACUUUUCCUGGGCCGAUUGUCAUGAAGGACGGUUUCCGAUCAAUCAGUUCGUACUUUACCCAAUGAUCAACUCUAUCAAACUCUGGAAUCUGACUGUUGAGACAAUUCCAGAUUACGAGAGGAUCGCUCGGAAAUGGAUGGAAAUCGAUGUAGACGUGGGCUCGGUAAUGUUUUUCAACUAUUACGAGAAUCGGACGACUGACGACUUCAUAUCAGGAAUGGAAGACUAUACAGUCGUUCAAAAAUCGCCAAGUUUAGUCCGUAUGGAGAUGAAGGACAAAGAAAAGCAUAUGGUGUUGUAUGUGACAUACAAAUGGGAUAAGAAAUGUUUUAUCAAAAUAGUAUCUUCCUAUUUUCCAGAAUCCCAAAUAACUGAUUUUAUUCUUCGAAACUAA